AUGCCAUCUGUGUCAAGGGAUGCGUGUAAAGACAAAAACGGCAUUUUCAAUGAGCAUGGUACUUAUUGUGGCUGUUGUCCCGCUUGUCUCAAUAAAAUUGCUGAGGGUCAAAGUUGUGGCAUAACUCUGUUGAAAGGGGUUCCACCCAAAGCCCAAUGCGCUCCCGGUCUCCGAUGCGAUACAACAUCCCAUACUUGCGUUCAAAUAGUGAUUGGAUAACAUUAAAUUCAAUGGGUGUUUGUUUUUGUUAAUUUGAUUUUUCAAUUAAUAAAAUUAUAUUUGAAAUAUAAAUUUUUAAUGAUUCCAUUUAUUUUUAAUUAAAUUUAUUACAUUUAUAAA